AUGCAAAGCGGAGUCGACGAGGCCGCUGGUCUGUCUGCUAUAGACGGCAAUCCCCACCAGGCCGCUGCAGCAACGCGGCUCUGUUGGCCUGGCGCAGCAGGCCGAGUCGAAUCUCCAGCGCCAUUUGGCCUCCUCGAUGCAGCAGCUCUCAGCCUGGAGGUGAUGCCUCGCCUUGGUCCAGCAAGACCCUCGUUUUUCCAAUUUGACACGCUGACGUACGGCGCCAUGCUUGCUCAUCCUUGCAUGGCGGCCGCACAGCCGAGCUCCAACAGAGCCUCUCGCCGAGAUGCCCGAACCCAUCGUCGCCGCGAAAUUGACCACUCUGCAGGCCGCGUCGGUGGCCAAACCGAUCUUCACCGACAUCCCGUGUUGGGGCGCAGGUCGGACAGCGUUGGCCAGGGUCAGCAUCAGGUCAAACCCGUGCCGCACUUUGACUACGUACGGGUCGAUCUCAUUGACCUUCAGCACGCCUUUCGAGCUCGAACGAAGACGGGCAUCCGGCUUGCCGAUAAUUCCAACGGAAGCUGUCUACACUUUUCGGUUUCGGCACCGGGUCCGAGCGCGGUUCUUCCUGUGUUUCAACUCAGACUCCGCAAAGCCGGUGGUCAUGGCUCGCUCGUCUAG